UCCCCCGCUCCCACGACUCCCCCUUUCGCUCUCGCUCCCUCGCACUCGCGGUUCAGAACAUGAACCGCCACAGGCACUACAAGUAACGGAAACUCCGCGAGCCGCCAGGGCGCCUGCGCCGGUCCAGUCCCCUCCGCCGCUUUCCCGCGCAGCUUGCUGGGCAUCGUAGUUUUUUCUGUCAUUCGCGUCUGGAUGAAAGAUCCGAGCGAAAGACUUCACGUCCCGAAAUGCUUUUCGUCUCGGCUGUUCCCAUCUCGGGCGGCUGAGGCUUCUUAGUGUGUGUGUCUGGGUGCUCGAAGUGGGAGCGGCGGUAAUAAGAUGCGUGUGAAACCACCCAGUCCCGGGAGAAGAGGCUGACUUUCUCAGAACCGCAAGUCAGUCAUCGGCGGUUGGGGGGUCGGCGGCGGCGGAAGAAGAAGCGGGAAGGCAAUACAUUACAGCUCAAAAUGCUGCAGAUUACCAUUGUGAACCCUCCACCUCUGUUUGCAGUACUUGUGUUCAUAGAAAUUUUGUUCCUUCCUUUCGUAAGAUGAGCAUCCUCCAAAAAAAAUGAAAGCCUGGAGAUCCUUGAGGCUAACCUUAUUUUCUUCUUCAUGAUCACUGUGAUUUGCACAUAUGGGAAGAACUUUUGCAAAGCAGAUUCAUCAAAGACAGUACUUCUAAAUGUGGUAUUUGAGAGGCUUUCUACCCUAAACAAAGUCUAAGGUUGUUUGGAACAUAGUGGAAAGAAGAGUGUCUGUGAAAAAACAAUGCCUAUUUCUACUUCUGAAGAGAACAGUUUCAUAAUGAUGUAAGCCUCUCCCAACAUCUGGAUGUGGUGCUAAAGGCAAAGCAUUUUUGAUCAGCUGACGUGAAGCUGUGCAAAGAGGACCUUUCAUUAAAAUAACUUCUGGCCAAAAUAAUCUUAAACAUCAUUAUGCACAGAAUGAAAAGGAAGAUGACGAUGACUUUGACAGGAGGAAAUUAUCCUGAAUUGUAGAAGGGAAACACAAGAUUUCACUUGCAACAUUGCAGAGUAAACAAAAAAGCAACAAAUUUUCUUGACUGUUGGACAGGUUUUGACGGAUUUAAAUCAAGUCAGAUGUCAUCAAACGAAUCUUCUCCUCCAUCUGUACAGAAAUUUUCCCCAUCUGUGUCCCAUGCUGCUGCUCCACCUACCCCUUCUUUAUCUUCAAGUCCACAGUCUGGGCUCUCAGGACGAUUGUCCAAUGGCAGCUUCAGCACUCCAAGCCUCACCAAUUCCAGGGGAUCAGUGCAUGGAAUCUCCUUUCUCCUGCAGAUUGGCCUCACUCGCGAGACUGUUACAGUUGAAGCUCAAGAGCUCUCCCUGUCUGUUGUCAAAGACCUUGUCUGCUCUGUAGUUUAUCAAAAGUUCCCAGAGUGUGGUUUUUUUGGCAUGUAUGACAAAAUUCUCCUGUUCCGCCAUGAUCUGAAUUCAGAAAAUAUUUUACAACGAAUUACGUCAGCUGAAGAAAUACGUGAAGGUGACCUUGUUGAAGUUGUUCUAUCUGCUUUAGCUACAGUUGAAGACUUCCAGAUUCGCCCUCACAUGCUUUAUGUGCAUUCUUACAAGGCCCCCACUUUUUGUGACUAUUGUGGAGAGAUGCUUUGGGGCUUAGUACGGCAGGGGUUGAAAUGUGAAGGAUGUGGAUUAAACUAUCAUAAGCGAUGCGCCUUCAAGAUCCCAAACAACUGCAGUGGAGUGAGGAAGAGGCGUUUAUCUAAUGUGUCACUGCCAGGAGCAGCACUUUCAGUCCCACGACCAGUGCAAACUGAAUACACAGCAACAGCUGCAGAGGAGCGUUAUAAUCCAGAGCCUAGUAAGAGGAUUCCUUCCUGGAGUGGGCGCCCUAUAUGGAUGGAAAAAAUGGUGCUCUGCCGGGUGAAAGUUCCACAUACCUUUGCUGUUCAUUCUUACACUCGCCCCACCAUAUGCCAGUACUGCAAAAGGCUGCUUAAAGGCCUCUUUCGCCAAGGAAUGCAGUGCAAAGAUUGCAGAUUUAACUGUCACAAACGUUGUGCCUCGAAAGUCCCUAAAGAUUGCCUUGGAGAAGUAGUGUUCAAUGGAGAGCCGGCUAGUCCAGGUCAAGAUAUUGAUAUGCCAAUGGAAGUAGACAGCAGUGAAAUGAACAGCGAUGGCGGUAGGGGCUUGGACGAUGUGGAAGAACCGUCUCCUCCAGAAGACAAAAUGUUUUUUAUGGAUCCAGGAGAUCUAGAUGGGGAUAAAGACGAAGAGGCUAUCAAAACAAUCAGUCCAUCGACAAGCAAUAAUAUUCCAUUAAUGAGAGUUGUGCAAUCAGUCAAGCAUACAAAGAGGAAGAGCAGUACAAUGGUGAAAGAAGGAUGGAUGGUUCACUACACUAGCAGAGACAACCUGAGAAAAAGACAUUACUGGAGACUGGAUAGUAAAUGUCUUACGCUGUUUCAGAAUGAAUCAGGGACAAAGUAUUACAAGGAGAUUCCACUUUCCGAAAUUCUCCAGGUGACACAGCCACGGGAUUUCUCGAAUGUGGUGCAGGGCAGCAACCCGCAUUGCUUUGAAAUAAUAACUGACACAAUGGUUUACUUUGUUGGUGAAAACAAUGGCAGCAACUACCACAACCCUGCUUUAGCUGCUACAGGAGUUGGACUGGAUGUAGCUCAGAGCUGGGAGAAAGCUAUUCGUCAAGCUUUGAUGCCAGUCACGCCUCAGGCUAGCAUUUGCACUGCUGCAGGUCAAGGGAAAGAUCACAAAGAAUUAUCUGUCAGUAUUUCUGUUUCAAAUUGCCAGAUCCAAGAAAAUGUGGAUAUCAGUUCAGUAUAUCAGAUCUUUGCUGAUGAGGUGCUUGGUUCAGGUCAAUUUGGAAUUGUGUAUGGAGGAAAACAUAGGAAGACCGGGAGGGAUGUGGCAAUUAAGGUCAUUGACAAAAUGCGAUUCCCUACAAAACAAGAAAGUCAGCUGCGCAAUGAAGUGGCCAUUUUGCAGAAUUUGCACCACCCUGGGAUUGUAAACCUGGAAUGUAUGUUCGAAACUCCAGAAAGGGUUUUUGUUGUCAUGGAAAAACUUCAUGGUGAUAUGUUGGAGAUGAUUCUCUCUAGUGAGAAAAGCCGCCUUCCAGAAAGAAUCACCAAGUUUAUGGUUACCCAGAUACUUGUUGCCUUGAGGAAUUUACACUUCAAGAAUAUAGUGCACUGUGAUUUAAAACCUGAAAAUGUACUAUUAGCGUCUGCAGAGCCAUUUCCGCAAGUGAAGCUGUGUGAUUUUGGGUUUGCACGCAUUAUUGGUGAGAAGUCUUUCAGGAGGUCUGUGGUGGGAACCCCAGCUUACCUUGCCCCAGAAGUGCUGAGGAGUAAGGGCUACAACAGAUCUCUGGAUAUGUGGUCUGUGGGAGUCAUCAUCUAUGUGAGCCUUAGUGGUACAUUUCCGUUUAAUGAGGAUGAAGACAUAAAUGAUCAGAUUCAAAAUGCAGCAUUCAUGUACCCACCAAAUCCCUGGAAGGAAAUAUCUAGUGAAGCUAUUGAUUUAAUAAACAAUUUGCUUCAAGUGAAGAUGAGAAAACGUUACAGUGUUGACAAAUCACUUAGUCACCCAUGGUUACAGGAUUAUCAGACUUGGCUUGAUCUUCGGGAGUUUGAAACACGCAUUGGAGAGCGUUACAUUACCCACGAGAGUGAUGAUGCUCGUUGGGAAGAACAUGCAUAUGAACACAAUCUUGUAUACCCCAAGCAUUUCAUUAUGGCACCCAAUCCAGAUGACAUGGAAGAAGAUCCAUAAUUAUCCUUUAGGGAAAGGCACAUAAUGUUAUUUUGUUAGAGCAAGCGUUGCUCUUUUGCUCUUCUGGUUCAGUCUAUGAAGCAGUGAAGGAUCCUGCAUCAGUCUGUUGGUGAACUAGAUGAUCUGGAAAAGUCUAUCCACCUCUGGUUUCCAUGAAUAUGAAUGUGAUCCAGCGCUGGGCUAAAAGCCAUGAAGUUUUUGGGUGACACUGCCUUAAUAGUACAUCACAGUGAUGUUACUGACAGCUGAAGUGCACACAGAAUUAAUGUUUGUGAAUUUUCUGUAUUUUUGUAGUUUACACAAUAAGAAAACAAUUUUAAUGGUUUUCUAGUUCCUACCUAUUAAGCCAUAGAAUACUAUUUUCUGAUAUUUAGAUAAAUCUAUUAGGAAGCUGUAAAGAAACCUGGAGUAUAUACCAUGACCAAAAAAUUACAAAAAUGCUUGAUUUUUAAUUUUAAUUUUUAAUAUCUAUACAAAACACUGGCCAAAUAUUUAUUUAGCAAACAUGUCUUGAAAAAGCAAUUAAGUGUGAGGGAAACCAAUAAUUUAAUUGAGACAGUUCUAACAAGUCAAAGAUUGGUCAUUCAGCUUAAUUCUUUAGUGUAAUUACAGCAGUCUCUUAAUGUAUGGAGAUACAGAGCAAGUAUCUCCAUAUAUUACACAUGCAGACAAGCUAUGAUUUAGCAGUCACAGUUGUACUUGGAGAACAAUAAACCAGAAUGGAUCAUUUUAUGUUGCAAAUGUUAGUGUGAAUCUAAAGUUUAUGAAGGAAUUGGUGCCUUCAUUUUUCUGAAGGCCAUACUCAAAAAGGUGUAAUUUGCAUGCUACUGGGGUAAAAAAAAUCACACAAUUGUUAUGAGAAUAGUUUAUGCUGCUACACAUGAAUUGGGUUAGUUUAAAAGACUAUGUCCUUUCUCCAUCAGACACAGUACAGAAACAGUAACAUUGAAUGUCUGCUGUGUCUGUAAUACCCUUAUACCUUUUGCCUAGUCAGAUAGUAUAUACCUGAGAUCUCAGGUAGUUUAGCCUUUCUCCAUAAAUCAUAUGUAAUGGGAAGUUUAGUCUUAGAUAUGUUGGAUCCCUUGUAAUAUAAAUGUUCACUAUUGGUCUCGGAAAGUGAUCCGUAUGUAUGCAGCAGCUUGGUCGAGAAGUAGCUUUACAUUUUUGAAAGACUAUGGCUAAACAUUAUAUUUUACAUAAAUCUGAAUGGAUUCAAGUAACAUUCUGUUGGGUCUUUGGUAUCACGGGAGAAGAGAUUGUAUAUUUUGAGGGAACGGGAGGUUGUCUCUUUCCUUUUGCUUCAUUUACACCUUGGUAAGCAGUAUAAACAUAGGUGGCUUUUUACCCUCUUGAUUAAGGCAUUUAUUUUGUGAUUCCUGUAGUCCACGUUUCUACACAGUCACCUCUUAGGAAAACAGAAGCAACACUUCAUUUCAGGAACAAAGGCACAGCCAAAGCCUUAUGAAUGGGGAAGGGAAUGUUUCAGUUAAGCUUUGAAGCUCUGUAAGUAAUACCUAAUCAUCUAUGAAUGCAGAGUGAUGUCCAAAAAAUGGUUCAUCAGGUUAAUAAGACCACAGCAGGGGAAGAAGAACUGGGUGUAGAAAAGUUAAUACCGUAUUUUUCACUCCAUAAGAUGCACCUUUCCAUAAGACGCACCAAUUUUUUAGGAGAAGAAAAC